ACGCGUCAAUAUUUUAUUGGUCGGUUGGAAGAGACCAUUAACGUAGAGUUGUCCUGCCGUAUACGGGAUCUAUUCCCAGGCACUUAAACCCAAACGAUCAGAGACCUCAGCAUACACUGAUUUCUUUCUGUAGCCCUUCUUCAGAUCAAACAAAGAAAGUUUGUGCAGGACUUCUUGUCUAGUUUUUCUUUGCCAACCAAAUAGCUGGAACUGAAGUGGGCUUUUCUUAGCUUAAAAUAGAUUUGAGAGCUGAAGAAAAAGUAGGCGACUUUUACAUCACAACUAUGGCUGGGCAUGAGAAUAAAUCUGUUUUACAGUUUGCACCUUUCCAGAGUCAUGUAGAUGAAGGUUUCUGGCACAGAUUAUCUUCAUUGAAGCUCAAUGAGUUAGGAAUUGAUGAAUCCCCAAUUCCCAUCACGGGCUUCUAUGCACCUUGUUCGCACUCUCAAGUGUCAAAUCAUUUGACUCUUCUUGCUGAAUCUUUGCCUCCUGAACGGAGUGAACAAACGUCAAUACCAGCAAUAACUCGUGGAAACAGGAACAAAUGUUCUGUCCCUGGCAUUCUUUACAACACAAAUACAUUGGAGAGCUUCCACGCCCUUGAUAAACAGAGUUUGCUGAAGGCAGAAGCAAAGAAGAUUUGGGAGGACAUUCAUUCCGGAAAAGCCCAGGAGGACAGCGCAGUGCUUUCAAGGUUCCUUCUUAUCUCAUUCUCAGACCUGAAGAAAUGGAGCUUUCAUUACUGGUUUGCUUUCCCUGCUCUAAUGCUUGAUCCUCCGGCAACCUUAAUGGAUCUGAGGUCAGCAUCCCAGUGGUUCAGCCUGGAAGAGGCUGAAUCCCUGUCAGCAGCUUGUAAUGAUUGGCGUAACUCAAACUCAACUGCAGAUGUGCCAUUCUUUCUAGUUGAUAUUGCUUCAAAUUCACGUGCUACUAUUAGGCAUCUGAAGGACUGGGAAUCCUGUCAAUGUGAUGGUCAUAAGUUCCUAUUUGGUUUUUACGAUCCUUGUCAUCUUCCUAAUAAUCCCGGUUGGCCUCUUCGCAACUUCCUUGCGUUUAUUAGUUCAAGAUGGGGUCUUGAAAUGGUGCGGUUUUUAUGCUAUCGUGAGAACCGUGGUUUUGCUGAUUUAGGGUUGUCUUUGGUUGGUGAAGCCUCGAUAUCAGUUCCACAAGGAUGGAAAGAUCAUCAACAUGUGCCUAAUGCUGUGGGAUGGGAACUUAACAAAGGGAAGAAAGUGCCACGGUGUAUUACCCUUGCUAAAUCCAUGGAUCCAACUAGGUUAGCCAUAUCUGCUGCGGAUUUGAAUUUAAGACUAAUGAGAUGGCGUGCUCUGCCAUCUCUGAACCUGAAUAUGUUGUCUUCUACCAAGUGCCUUCUCCUUGGAGCAGGUACACUUGGUUGCCAAGUUGCACGCAUGCUUAUGGCUUGGGGUGUCCGUAAAAUUACACUACUUGACAGUGGCAAGGUAGCCAUGUCUAAUCCAUUGAGGCAAUCCCUAUAUACAUUGGAUGACUGUCUCAAUGGUGGUAAUUUUAAAGCCACAGCAGCAGUUAGUAGUCUGAAGCGAAUAUUUCCAGCCGUGGAAGCAGAAGGUGUAGUGAUGGCUAUACCAAUGCCUGGGCACCCAGUGCCUAGCCAAGAAGAGAAUAGUGUGAUUGAGGAUUGCAGAUGCCUACAUAAUUUGAUUGAUUCUCAUGAUGCAAUUUUCUUGCUGACUGAUACUAGAGAAAGUCGAUGGCUCCCUACACUUCUUUGUGCCAAUGCUAACAAGAUUACCAUCACUGCAGCUUUAGGGUUCGAUAGCUUCUUGGUUAUGCGUCAUGGUGCUGGUCCUAUCAGCACUAAUGAUGAUGGUAAACCCGAAGCUGUGAAUGCUUUAUCUGCUAAAGUGGCAGACUUUUCCCUGACAGACAGAGAAGGAAGUCAGAGAUUGGGUUGUUACUUCUGCAAUGAUGUGGUUGCCCCAAUUGAUUCAACUGCCAACCGCACUUUGGACCAGCAAUGCACGGUUACACGUCCAGGGCUUGCUCCCAUUGCUUCUUCCCUCGCAGUUGAACUUUUAGUCAGCAUUCUGCAUCACCCUCAUGGGAUAUUUGCGAAAGCUGAGUUUGCGAACUCUACUGCCAGUGGGAGCACUGAACAACCUCUUGGUAUUUUACCGCAUCAAAUUCGAGGCUCCCUCUCACAAUUUUCACAGAUGACGCUCGUGGGUCACUCGUCAAAUAGUUGCACAGCUUGUUGUUCAACUGUGGUAUCAGAAUAUCAAAAAAGAGGGAUGGAUUUUGUCCUUCAAGCCAUUAAUCAUCCUACCUAUUUAGAGGAUCUCACAGGACUAACUGAAUUGAUGAAGUCAGCAAGCGCUUUUGAUUUGGACUGGGAUAAUGAGAUAGAUGAUAACGAUGAUGACAAUUGUAUUGAAAUCUAAGAGCUCUCCAAGAAAGUGGAAGAUAUUACUGCAAGAUGGAGCAAGUUCUAAAUUCUUUACACAAUUGAGGUGUUGGUUAUCCUAUAAUAAUUUGUGUUCAUGUUUCUGCUAUAUAGAAUAAUGAAAAUGUUUCUUAGAGAACAGAACCGCCUUAAGAUGGCACUUUAAGCAGAUCAACAUGGGUUUGUACAGAUUGAAAUUGUGUUAUAAAAUAUUAGGCAUGAAAGUUUCAUGUGAUGUGUGCAGUUCAAGUCGAGUGGCUUUCGUUACGUCCCUGCAAUGGCAGCUGAAUUUUUUUUUGUUCUGACGUCA